AGAAAAUGGCRCCCUUGUCCCCCCUGUCGUCGAUCCUGGCCUCCCCGGCCCUCGACCCCGCGGAGGUCCGCCUGAGGAAGAUGAGCCGCAGGUCRAAGGUCAUCCAGGAGCUGGUGCAGACGGAGAGGGACUUCCUCACCGACCUGGAGCUCUGCAUCAGAGAGGUGGUCAAGCCCCUCAGAGACAGACAGGUGGUGGACGUGGAUCGUCUGUUUACUAACAUGGAGACAGUGUGUGAGGUGUCGGGUGCGCUGCUCCACCGGCUGCAGGAGGCCACAGCUGAGCCAGACCCUGAGGCACUAGUCAUAGGGGAAGUGUUCAUUCAGGCCAAAGCAGCGCUGGAGGACGUCUAUAAAAUCUACUGCUAUCACCACGACGACGCUAACUCUUUACUCAAGUCCUAUGAGAAAGAGGAAGGAAUAAAGCAACAUUUCAUCASCUGUGUGUUAUCACUGAAGCAGAUAUACGACCAAGAGGGUAAACCCAACCUGCUGGACAUGGGUUCUCUGCUCAUCAAGCCGGUCCAGCGGGUCAUGAAGUACCCUCUGCUGCUCGGGGAGCUGUGGCAGGCCACGCCCAGCGACCACCCUGACAACAGGCCCCUCCAGGAGGCCCUGACCGCCGCCAAGAUCAUCAACGUCAACAUCAACGAGUUCAAGAGGAGGAAGGACAUCGUGAUGAAGUACAAGAGGACCGAGGAGGAUGGGGGGACACUCAUGGGUAAACUGAAUAAGUUCAGCAUCCACUCUAUCAGGAAGAAGUCUGACAGGCUCACAGGAUWCCUCAAGAUCCUCACAGGUGUGGAGCCACAGGUGAGAGAUGAGGUGUUCGACAAGGAGGAGAAGCUGUUCAGGAGUCUGGAGAAAGCAGUGAGACAACUAGUCAAGAACGUCCACUGUUACCUGAUACACAUACAGGAGAUGGUAGGUGUCGCGGUCCAGAAUGCUGCAGACCUGGAGGACAUCAUGAAGGAUCCAGACAAAAUAGACACAAACGGUACUCAGCACCUGAAGAACGGCAACAACCCAUACAAGCACUUUAAAGAGAGGAUGGCACAUCUGGUCCUGGCACCCCUCUCCUCACUCCAAGGCAUGUUCGCCGCCCCGCAGAAACUCAUCCAGAAACGCUACGACAAACUAUUGGACUACUGCAGCCGCCUGGAGCGCUCUCCCUCCUCCUCCUCCUCCACGUCUUCUGCCUCUUCUUCUUCCUCCUCUCCAUCACCUGUAUCCGAGGACCAGGGACAGGUUGCGGCGCGGCGGGACUAYGCAGCCCUCAAUGCUCAGCUGGUGGAGGAGCUGCAGAGAUUCAACAUGGCCGCACAUACUAUCUUGUCCAACUGUGUCCUCUGCCUGGUGACCCUGCUGAAAGGCCUGAUGGACACGGCCUGCCACCACGCACCCUCCAUACAGCAACUACCGGCUCCUUUGUCCAACAUCAGUGAAGUCCAAAGCAGCAUCAUGGAAGAGCUCAACAACCUGACUCUCGUCAAGGACAACGCACAGACUCUAAUAGAACGCAAAGUCAGCUUCGAGAAAACAAAGAAAAUCUUAGCUGUCCCAGAGAUCCAGCGUCAGACAGAGGGCAACAGGACCAGGGUGCUGGACGAGUAUCCAGCUGACAGGCUGUACCAGCUGAAGAGGAACUGUAACGGGUGUCAGGAGCAGGAUGUCAGCCUGCUGGAGGGGGAGCUGGUGGGCCUGCUGGAGGGCACAGACCCCCUGGGGAGCCGGGGCCGCUGGCUGGUUGACACUGGCAGCACCCAGGGUUACGUGUACUCAUCCUUCCUGAAGCAGUACAACCCCAACAGGGAUCAGGGUCGACCAGGUCAGGGUACGGGGAUCACAGAGCCCCAGCAGCCCAUCGUGGUGCUGGACGAGGACUUUGACAACCUCAGCCUGUUUGUGUCGGGCAGCGGGAGGAACAACAGCAUACGGAGCCGGAGCAGCAUACCUAACUUCAGCCUCUACAACACCUCCAGUACCUCGCUUGACAGAUGCUCCACCCCGUCCAGCCUACAGGGCGACACAGAGCCAGACAUCCGCCAGGGUUGGGACGCAGAGCCAGACAACCAGCAGUUUUAUGCGGUGUACGGGUUCCAGGCACGCUGUGACCAGGAGCUGACCAUGCAGGAGAACCAGCAUGUGAGGAUCCUCAAGUUCAGCGACCUGGGAGGCAACAAGGACUGGUGGUUGGCCGAGGCCAACGGACAGAAGGGCUACGUCCCAGCCAACUACCUCGGCAAAAUGUCAUACGCAUAAAGGAAUAGAUUGGGAUUAAGYKGGCCCAAUCCCAAAUGGACUCCUAGCCCCUACAGGCAGGUUUCCCAGACACAGAUUAAGCCUAGUCUUGGACUAAAAUGCAAUUUUAAUAGAGACUCCCAAGGACUAGGCCAAAUCUCUGUUCAGGAAACUGGCCCUAUGGAGAUUGAAACAUUUUAUAGUUCCAGCUAGCAUAUCAGGACAAGGUAGAUUUAUACCAUAUCCUCUCAAAUCUCCACAGGCGUAGGGUUGAUUUGGGAUAGGGUUUUACUGUAAUCUGUCUGUCUAUAUAAAAAAAAAGAAUGACCAGAAAAUGUCAUUAUCAAAAGAUCAUGACUGUUAAGAUUAUUGCAUAUAUGCAUUUUGCACUAAGAAUGAAGCUAUCAUUGUGCUGAGCACUUAGUAUUGCCACCUGCAGUGUUGAUGAAUUUAUAUUGUGAAUGUGUGUUGUCCCAAUGAAAAUAACGAUUAUUCUAAUAUAUGUCAAGCAAAUGUAUUUUGAAAGAGAUAAUGCAUUUUAGAGUUAUACAGUUCCUCCAUGUAAUAUGUAUAUUUUAGAUCACUCAUCAGUGAUGAAUAAAGAGUCUUUAUCAGUG